CUGCGAAAGCGUUUCCGGUACAGAGGCGCACGUAUUUCCUGGCCGGGUCGGAAAGACGUUUUUUUGAGUACUGUUGUUCCGCUGGUGUUGCUCCGCAUCCUGCUUUUCGAGGUGAAGUCCAGACUAUAAAAAACAACAAAGGUCAGCAGAGAAGAUGGAGACAGGAUCAGGUGUGUCCAAUGGAUCAGGGCCAGGACAUGAGAAAGCAGAAAACCACCUCAGCGCCGAGGAUCUGUCUGAGAUGCUGGCUGCAGGAACCAAGGAGGUUCAUGAAAAAGCGGAGAACACCCAGUUCGUGAAAGACUUCCUCAGGGGACGAAUCCGCAAAGAGCUUUUCAAGCUCGGCGCCGUUGCACUUUACCACACCUACACCGCCAUGGAGGAGGAGAUCGAGAGGAACAAGGACCACCCCCACUUUGCCCCCCUGUAUUUCCCCGCCGAGCUGCACCGCCGCGACGCCCUCGCCCGCGACCUGGAGUACUUCUACGGCGCGGAGUGGAAGAGCCGGGUCACCUGCUCUCAGGCCACCCAGCGCUACGUGGACCGCAUCCACCAGGUGGGGCGGGAGGACCCGGUGCUGCUGGUGGCUCACGCCUACACCCGCUACAUGGGGGACCUGUCGGGGGGCCAGGUGCUGAGGAAGGUGGCGCAGAGGGCUUUGAAGCUGCCGCCCACAGGGGAGGGCCUGGAGUUCUACCAGUUUGACGCGAUCCACAGCGCCAAGGCGUUCAAGCAGCUGUACCGGAGCCGCAUGAACGAGCUGGACCUGGACAUGGAGACGAAGAAGAAGCUGGUGGAGGAGGCUGUCAAAGCGUUUCACUUCAAUAUGGAGGUGUUCGAGGAGUUAGAGGAGAUCGGCAAAACGAUUCAGGAGGACGUUUUGGACGCUGGCAUGUCUGUUCACGGAGAAAUGGGCGGAGACAUCAGCAAAUGUCCCUACUAUGCCGCCAAAAUGGCCGCAUCAGGGGGAACGGCGUACGUCGGCCAGCUGCUGAUGGCCGCUCUCAGACACCCGACGGGGCAGGUCCUGGUCGCCACCUGGUUCGCCGCCUUGGCUGGACUGGCGGCGUGGUAUCUGAUGUGAUCCAGCUGUGGUUAGGGCAGAGGAGAGCGGGAAGGAAGGAAGGAAGGACAGUGAGGAGACUGGACAGCUUCCACUUACUGACCAUUUUAUACAAACAUUCGAAUCAGGUCCGUGCGUCUUUAGGUUUUAAACUUUUAGUUGUUGAAUUUCAGCAGGGUGACCUGCAGGACCAUUAGGACACCAACUCCCUCCCCAAAAAAAAAAAAAAGCACACAUUUUACUUUUUUAAAUAUAAACGCAGAUGUUCUUUUUAUUUUAUUUUAUUAUUUCUCUACCUCCAUCAGGUUAUCCUUCCAUUUUGGUGCUUUUCAGUAAGUUCGGGUGCAUCUGAAGUUACAUUAUAGCUGCUCAUUGACAGAAGCAGACCUGCUGUUAUGAAUUAUGCUCUAAGUAUAAGCGUAAAACACGAUACUCUAACAACAAAUAAAUAAAAUUCAUCCUUCCAGUUGAUCCUCACGAGUAGAUAAGGAAUCCCUCAGAGUAAUGUGAAACGUUGAAGUAUUUUUCUACAUCAAAACCAGUCAAACCCACAGUGUGACCAAAACACAGAACUACGUAAAAACAUUCAUACGCUUUUAGGAGGUUGGCAGUUCUAGCAUGACAAAUUGUAAAAUUGCCUUUUUAAGCAUCUUUGUAGGUUAUACCAUAAGCAGAACUUGCACUUAAAGCCUGGACAAUUAGACGUCCGGUUUAUUUUUUUUUUGCUAACACGCAGCCAUUUCGGUUUCCUUAGCUAAAGAGCCAUAAACGCAAGAGCAGCAGUAGUUUCUUACACUUCUCCUUUUACCAUUUUUUUCCCCCCCAACGGAUACAUUCCUUCUCCUAUCGGCCUAAAAGCAAACUUCUAAAGUGUGGCUGUGAAGCGAAAGCCCGGCGAACCUUUUUCUUCUUCUUAUUCCAGAUUUUGAAAAAUCCCUAAUCCCUUUAAAUAACACAACGUUUCAGCGAAUACACCGUUGCUAUGUGUUUAUGUGAGGCGUGGGUGAGCAUCAAUGAUUGGGGUCAUGUGUGUUUUUAAUACGGUUAUUGUAUAACAUAAUUACUUUGACCCACCCCCUAAAAAAAAAAAAAAGCUGUAAGUGACAACAUGACGGUACAUUAGCUAAUGAGCUCUGGGUGAGCUCAGAAAACCCCCGGUGAACAGUAAAUGGAUAUGCAUCCAUAUAUAUUAUACUGUAUUUUUUAUUUUUUUUUGUUGUUGCCUACAUAUAAUGUGAAAAUGGUCACAUUUCCUUAUGUUCUCAUCACACUCAAACGUUGCAUGUCUGCGCUGAGGGACAGGUGAUGGAAACAAAAAAAAAAACAACAAAAAAAAGCAAAUCCCUUCAUUCGAGAAGCAGCCGAUUUUUCUGCAUCAGUCGGGUUCUCGCGGUGCGAAAAACUAAUGUACUGCAUGCCAGCUUCUAUUAGUCCCCAGCGUCAGAACCACGUGCUGGCCUGUCUGCUUACUGAACGCUCUCUUUUAUUCAAUUGCAUGGUUUUAAUUCUGCAAAAUGAAACGCUUGGCUGCAACAGGAGCUCUUAUUUGGACGCAAACAUGAACCGGGCAGACUUGCCUUUUGGGUUGAUAGGAGUGGAUGUUUUGUAUGAACUGCUAAUUUGAUUAUCUUGUGCCAGCUCAGCACUCGUCUCCUGAUCCAUUUCUGAGGAUAUCCAUCAUUUACACAAUGUGCUGGGAGAAGAUCCCCCCCCCUCCCCUUACAGCUCACCUAGGCUUUGUUCAGUGUUGAGUAGUAUGCAGUGUUAAAUUGCACUGAGGUUCUGUAAUCACCCAGGUGGCGUGAUGUUUUUUUUUUUUUUUUUUUUUUUUUUUUUUUUUAGGAAGCGUUCAAAGUAAUUUUAAUACCGAAUACCCAAAGAAGUGUGCUGCUGAUGAACUGUCAGCCCGGUGCAUGUGCACAGCGCGUUUACUCUCACGCGCAGAUAGGCAGCGGCGGAGAGUGCGUGAAUGUCUCAGGUUCAGCAAAAAUGGCGGGCUGAAGCAGGAACUGAAUGAAAUGCUCUUGUAAGCGCCUGUUUUAUUGCUUUCACGAGGUUCCAGCAUGAAGUGCGCGUCAGUGUUUUAGGACCUACUGAAGUGACUUAUCUGCAGCCAUACAUGGAAGGGUUUGACCAAUGUGUGCUAAUUUGUAAUUCCUCUGUUUUAUUUACUCUGCUCCUCCAUUCCUUUGUAUCCAGUUGGAUCUUUGUGACUAGCUAGAGCACUUUUACUGUGUGAGUGAAAAA